CCAAGUCGACUCAUAUUAUCGCCCAAAUCAACCCGUCCUUCAGAUCUCUCUCUCCUCUGCAGAAAAAUCUGAAGCUGAUUCCUCCAUUUUCUUCAACUAACGAAAGUUUUUCAAUCGUGGUCUUUGAAGAUGUUACAAAAUGUUCAGCACCAACUUUUGCAAUCGCCGGCACGGCUAGGCCUGCCAACUCCCAGUUCACCUUCUCUACAAAACACAGCUCCUCCUCCUAAGUUCUCCUCGCAAGUGUCUCAACCCAAUCAACAGGCAAAUAUAUUAACUACCACUACCACCUCAUCAACGCUCCUUCCUCUUCUCCCACCUCUCUCUAGAGCUCAGUCUCUUCUCAUUCAAAUGGCAUCUCUUGGUUCAAGGCUCUUUGAAGUCUCAACUAACCGGUCCCAUUGGCUUAGUGCUUUUCGUGGCUCUUUCCCUUCAUUUCUGCCUUCUACAUCACCAAUUCCACAAGAUUCCAGCCCAUCAUCCUCAAAAGAAAUCCUCUCAGUGUUUACUUCUCUUCAGACACAACUGUUUGAAGCAGUUGCUGAACUACAAGAAAUACUUGAUCUUCAAGAUGAGAAGCAAAAAGUCACCCGUGAAAUUAGGUCAAAUGAUUCUGCAAUUCUUGCCUUUGCCAACAAACUCAAAGGAGCUGAGCGUGUUCUUGACAAUCUUGUGGAUGAUUACGCUGACUAUCGUCGUCCCAAACGGGCCAAGUUGGAAAACGAUACCGAAGAAUCUUCAGUAACAUCUGUGGCGACUCAAUUGAAACUAUCUGACAUUUUGUCAUAUGCUCAUAGGAUAAGUUACACUACUUUUGCACCACCUGAAUUCGGUGGUGGACAGGCUCCUCUCCGGGGAGCUCUCCCACCGGCUCCACAGGAUGAGCAAUUGCGUGCAUCUCAGUUAUAUAUUUUUGCUGAUCUUGAUGUUGGUUUACCUAAAACAGAUGAAGGCAAGGAGAAUAUUUUGGAGCCACUCAUUGAACCUCCGGCAGAAAGUAACGCACUUGCCAAUCUAUCAUCAAUUCAGGGCCUCGUCCCUCCAAAUAUUGUAGUGCCAUCUGGUUGGAAACCUGGUAUGCCUGUUGAGUUGCCCACUGAUCUCCCUCUUCCUCCACCUGGGUGGAAGCCUGGUGAUCCAAUUGCUCUUCCUCCAGUGGAUUCUCGUCCACCUCAAAAGGUCGAGGAGGCACCUGCACGACCAGUACCUCCUCCAGGACUUUCAAGAAUGCCCGAACCAAUACAAGUUCGACAUGUGCAGCUUGAUAUUGAUGAUGAUAGUAGUGAUUAUAGUUCUGAUGAGGCCAGCUCUGACAGUGAAGAUUGAUGUGGUGUUAGCUGUUUUGAGUUGCUAAUAAAGGUUUAGCAUCUGCAGCUUGAUAUUACGUCUCCUUGCACAAAGCAGUGGUUUCUCUUUUUGCCUCACUAUUGGAUAACUUCUCUUCCCUCAAACAAGAGGUACCCCUGCUCUCUUCUGUCUGCAUAAUUGGGGGGCAUUUUAGUUUCAAUUUCAUGUUCUUUAGCUUUCUCUACCGUGUGUGUUGUUUAGUAAUAGGUCUUAUGUCAACAAACUCUUCCCUGCUAACUAUGUGUCGUAUUCGGCCCGACAGUGUUUGGAGAGUCAAGAUCAAACUGUGAGCUUCUCUUUUUUCAUGAAAAAUGGUUCUUGUUUAUACUAGUUAACCUGAAGAGUAAGAUCAUUAUGAUAUUCCGAGUUUAUAGUUGAAGACAAAACAAAAGUAAUGCAUCUCCAACACUGACUCUAUCGGGAGUUGACAAGCACCCAAGGGUGUGGCCUAAUAUUCACUGAAGUGGGAUCAAACCUAUGAGGUCCCAUGUUCAAUUCUCAUAGGAGUAAACAAACAUUGAGUGAUUUCUUCCUGUUUGUCCCUGGUGAGUUACUUUUUAUUGGGUGCUGGUGGAAUGUAACAAGUCACCGAUGGAAUAGUUGAUUGUGCUAAGGUGGUACAGAAAUCCGGAAAAAUAUCUAUCGACUUUAGCAGAUAGUGAACUUGAAAUUCAAUUGGACCAGUAGGGAUUUCUUUUUGUGAUGCCUUUAUUUUGAUGUUUUAAUUUAGGCUUAGGGAGCCCGGAGCCAAGUUUCCCUGCUUCACUUUUGGUUCGCUGCUCUUGGUGGCAAUGGUUUCCAACAAGUCAUAUCAAAAUGUCAAACAUGGAAUUCGUGUUUAUACAGUCUCAAACUAAUUUUCAGUCCGUAGAUAAUCAAUCUAAUGGCGCAUUUGCUGA